AUGGAGAAAGUAGGAUUUGUGGUGUCAUCAUCACCUUUGUGGUACUGUGAAGACUCCUGGAUCAAACCCUUUGCUCGAUCUCUGCUGAGGUUCCUAGGCUUUGUUUUCUGGGGCACUGCUGCAGCUCUGGCAUUUGGUGGAGUUUCUGUGAUCCUGGUGUAUAAAACCAACAGUUGUUUAUUUCAGGAGUAUUUCUUGGCUCUCCCUGGCUGGCUGGCUGUUGCAGCUGCACUUACCUUGGUACCUACUGGAGUUCUGGCUGUCACUAUUUCUGUUAAGAGCUCUCGCUAUCGACAAGGGGCUCUCAUGUACUUGCUGCUGGUCCUUCUUUGCCUAGAAGUAUCUUCAGCGAUUCUGGCACAAUUCUAUGCUAUUCAGGUGACUUCUGAGCUGAAAAGCACUAUGGAUUACCUCUUGUAUCCGUACAAUGGAACACAGUCCCAGGGUCCUGGCAUCAGGGAUGUGGAUGUGAUACAGAGGAAGCUGCAGUGUUGUCGGGUUCAAAAGUACACAGACUGGCUAAAGGCAGCAUCUACUUCUUGGUAUCUUCCAUCUGAAAAAGCUCAUGUCCCUGAAACCUGCUGUAAGGAAGAAUCUUCUCGCUGCAGGGGUGACUUAGGCUAUACGGAGCAGCUUUUUUGGGAAGGCUAUCUAAAGAAGCUGGAAGACUGGUUGCAUUUUGUCAUGCUCUAUGUGUCUUGGUGCUGUGUUCUGUUAAGUAUCUUAGAGCUGUUGGCUGGUAUGAGCAAUGGCCUCCUCAUGAGACAUCAGCCUUUCUACGACUUCCGAAUUCUGGACUCAGCUUCCUUCCCAUAG